AUGUCUGGAGAGUAUGCAUUUCAGCAUUACUGGUCAAAAACUACUGAGAAAGUUAUAUCAUCAAAGGACUGCACCAUCACAUCUGCACUUGUACAUCAAGGCAUUUUACCUUGCUUUCCAAUAUUACUCAUAGUGGGCAUAACCAUCGAAGCCCUUGAAAUAUAUUGUGUGGCACACCUCCGGUGUCCCCAUCUAUCCAUCCAGGUAUUUGUAAAAACAAUGUGCGACUUUCAUGGGUUUUCUAUUGCAUUCCUUCAACAAUCUUUCAACAACAAAGAUGACACUCUCGGUGCAUCUUCAGAAGUUCCUACCAGCCAGUUACUCACCAGCAGCUGUUACUUGUCUUGCAACUUUGUGGACAAGUUUUCACAGGACUUAAAUACACCUGCAGAUGAUUCAUGCAAAGGCCGUUGGAGCAAUAUGGAUGAUAUAAAGACAAAGAGAUCUUGGGGGAUCUACAAUAGAACAGGUAUCUUCGUGGCCAUCUACUGCCAUGGUUUUUGUCUACUUAUUGUAGACAUGGUGCAGAGUGGGGAACUUGCAAAAUACCCUUUAGUAGUUGUUGCCAAGUUACUUGACAUGUUUGGUAGCAAUUUGGGGGGCAGACCUCUUGCACACUCACUACAUCACACUUGUCUUGUUGGUGCAUUCCAUGGACAUGCUCACAGAUGCUUAUGUCAGCUCAUUUCACUGACAAUGUACAUCAAAGUGUGUGCGAGGAAUGAUAACUAG